GGCGGGUUAGAGAAACGGAUCCCAUUCUCGUUUCUUUCUAACCAACCGAGCCUCGCUUUCCACUGCGUCCUUCAGAGCUUCAGAGCUUCAGAGAGAAUAGAGAGUCAAUGUCAAUCAGUGGAAUAUCUCCAACUCCUGGUCUCUGUUCUUGCUCCCAUGAUCAAUUCACUCUCGGCAAUCGCCUCUCCGUUCUUUCUCUGCGUUUCUCUCGUCCCUACCGCACAAUUUCCCCUCCCGGCGGUGGCAAUUUCAUCGGCAGACCCAACUUUUUGGUCCAUUUUGAACCUAGAACGCUUCUGCAGAAGCCUCAGCGGUUAGCUUUCACAUUCUCGGCUAGAGCUGCUGAUUCUACUCAGCCGUCUUCCGUUUCUGCCUCGCCGGACAAAGCAGUAGUUUCCGACGACGAAUUCUCGCUUGCCAAAGUUUCAUUUGGUGUAAUUGGCUUAGGUGUUGGGAUUUCUUUGUUGUCGUAUGGAUUCGGUGCAUACUUUAAUAUCCUUCCGGGAUCUGAAUGGUCUGCCAUUAUGCUAACAUAUGGUUUCCCUCUUGCAAUUAUUGGCAUGGCUCUAAAGUAUGCUGAACUCAAACCAGUGCCAUGCUUGACAUACUCAGAUGCUCAAAAACUGAGGGAAACAUGCGCCACCCCAAUUCUCAAACAGGUAAGAGACGAUGUUAUUAGGUUCCGUUAUGGGGAUGAACAACACUUGGAUGAGGCAUUGAAACGGAUUUUCCAGUAUGGUAUGGCUGGGGGAAUUCCUCGAAGGAGUGCACCGAUUUUGCAAAGUAUACGUGAAGAAGUCAUAGAAGAUGGAAAGUAUUGUCUGGUCUUGGUGUUCGAAGCCAAAGCCUUGACAUUGUCAGAUUUUGAGCAAAGACAGGCAAAAUUUGCUUCUUUUUUUGGACCAGGGAUCACUGCAGAAGUUGGGAAGGGAGAGACUGAUCUGUAUGAAACCGGCUUAUUUCUAACACUAUUCCCGGUGCUUCACCGUGAUAAAGUAUAGGUGUAAUCAAAUUCUGCUACAUAUAAUGGUUUCAUUUAGUAUACAAACUGCUGUCCACUUGUGAAGGUCUGGUAAGUAUAAUUUCUUUGAAAA